UCAAUAAGUAGUUUUGUUCCACUUAAUGUGGGAGCUCUCCCAUCUUUUAGUUGGAAUUUCUUUGUUUUCAACUACUCGUUUGGCCACGAAUGGGAACAACGGAUGCAGAAAGUCACCACAUUCAAUACUGUGGAGAGGUUUUGGAGUAUGAUGUUGCAUACUCUGCCACCAUCGGAUAUUGCAAAUGGUACGGAUUUGUAUAUUUUCAAAGAUGGCAUCCAGCCAAUGUGGGAGGAUCCGAAAAAUGAAAACGGGGGUCGGUGGCUCAUUAAUGUGCCCAAUGCUAAUGAAGUCAAUCGGUAUUGGGAGGAACUCCUGAUGCUGAUUGUUGGUAAUGCCUGGGAGACAGAGGAGGAAUCCGAGGAGAUUUGUGGUGCAGUGUUUCAGCCGCGCACUCGAGGCGCUAGGCUCAGUCUUUGGACCUCAAAUUGGCAAAACAAAGAGAUCAUUAUGCGGAUCGGUCGUCGGAUAAAAGAGGUUCUUGAAUAUCCAGAUCGUCUUUUUUACCAGACUGUGGAGGAACAGAGGAACCUUCCCAAAGGUCAAGACGUUGCUGAUGGCAUAUAUUCUCUGUAA